AUGGCUUUCAAGUAUGCCGAGAUCCCUGAGUUCUCAUAUGCAUCGGUUGAACGUCAAUAUACGACCUUUGACUAUGAGACUAAUUCUUUCCAUUUCUACCCUGUCACCUAUUCAACGACCGAUCUGACCGAGGGCCAAAACCAGGACAACAAGGAGCCCGAAACCUCCGAACCGGAGAAGGACCCUGCCUCUGAAGAUCCCUCCGCUGAGCCAAGUGGAGAUGAUAGCGCAGCCGCUGAGCCCACAGAUUCAGUAGAGGCCGCACCAGCCGAGUCUCAACCCGAAUCUGCCCCAGAAGCUAAAGAAGAGGGCAAGGAUGAGCCAGCACCGGAUGCAGAAAAUCCCGACGAGGCUUCUAAGGAAGCUGCCGUAGAAGAUGCGACACCCGCAGAGGAUGCUAAACCUGCUGACGGUGCAGCGCCCGAAGGCGAUAAAAAAGCUGAAGAGGAAGCAAAGCCUGAAGAGGACGCAAAAUCCGAAGGAGAUGCAAAACCCGAAGGUGGAGAAGAUGCUCCAGCAGGCGACGACACGAAAAAGGCAGGCGACAACGGCAACGAUGAUGAAGAUUUCCCAGAUCUUGAUCUUGAUGUAGAUCCUGCAACAGUAGCAGCCGAGAAAGAGGCUGCUGCUAAAGCGGCCGCCGAAGACGCUCUAGAGAAUGGGGAAGACGCACCAAAGGCCGAUGAAACACCUGCAGAGGAGGUUGCCGAAACUCCAGCAAAGUCAAACCCAGAGGCUAAAACGGAAGAUCAACCAUCAGCGGAUGCAACCCCACCCACAGAGGAGCCACCUGCAGAGGAAAAGGCAACGGGUAAGAAGCCAACGCCCGAACCCGAACCAGAGGCCGACCCAGCGCCAGAGCCAGAGCCGGAGCCAGUGGCAGAUCCAGAGCCAGCGCCCGAACCAGCCGCCGAAAAAGCGCCGGAGCCUGAAGCUGAGCCCGAAAAGCCCGCAGAUAAUCCUCCUGAUACCCCAGCUCCAGAAGAGCCAGCAGCAGCCGAGCCACCCACAGAGGAGCCAGACGCCGAGCCCGAAAAGCCUGCAGAUAAUCCCCCUGAUGCCCCAGCCCCAGUUGAGCCAACGGCAGCCGAGCCAUCCGCAGAUGAGCCAAAGCUAGAGGAGAAAUCAGCGGGUAAGGGCAAGAAAAAGAAGGGCAAGAAGGGCAAGGGUGCUAAGGCAGCUGAUCCAGAGCCAACGCCGGAACCCGAACCAGCUGUUGAACCAGCUGUUGAACCAGCGGCAGAGCCAACGCCUGAACCAGAAUCAGCCGCCAAGCCAGAGCCAGCGUCAACGCCCGAACCAGCGCCAGAGCCAGCGGCAGAGCCAGACCCGACGCCAGAGCCGACGCCAGAACCAGCCGCCGAAAAAGCGCCGGAUCCUGAAGCUGAGCCCGAAAAGCCCGCAGAUAAUCCUCCUGAUGCCCCAGCUCCAGAAGAGCCAGCAGUAGCCGAGCCACCUACAGAGGAGCCACCUGCAGAGGAAAAGGCAACGGGUAAGAGUAAGAAAAAGAAGGGCAAGAAGGGCAAGGUCGCUAAGGCAGCUGAUCCAGAGCCAACGCCGGAACCCAAACCAGCUGUCGAACCAGCUGUCGAACCAGCGGCAGAGCCAACGCCUGAGCCAGAAUCAGCCGCCGAGCCAGAGUCAGCGGUAGAGCCAACACCGGAGGCUGAAUCAUCACCUGAAACAACGGAGGCACCAGCAACAGAAGAGGAAAAGGCUCCGGAAGAACCUGUCAAGGAACCACCAGUUGAGAAAACACCUGCUGCCGAACCUGAAGCUGCUGCGGAGGACAAGGUGGAAGCUGUAGAGCCCGAAACAGUCGAGGAAACUCCCAAAAAGGCGCCAGUCGAAGAAAGCACUCCUGCCGAGUCCGCUGCCGAGUCCGCUGCCGAGCCUGUCGCUGAACCUGAAGCUGCUGCUGCUGAACCCGCUCCCGAGCCUGCUGCUGAGCCUGAAGCUCCUGCCGACCCUACUCCCGAACCCGCUGCUGAAGCUGCUGCUGAACCUACCCCCGAGCCUGUUGUUGAAGCUCCUGUUGAGCCCACUCCCGAGCCUGCUGCUGAACCUACCCCCGAGCCUGUUGUUGAAGCUCCUGUUGAGCCCACUCCCGAGCCUGCUGCUGAGCCCACUCCCGAGCCUGCUGCUGAGCCUGCUGCUGAGCCUGCUGCUGAGCCUGAAGCUGAGCCUGAAGCUGAGCCUGAAGCUGAGCCUGAAGCUGCUGCCGCUGAACCUACUCCCGAGCCUGUUGUUGAAGCUCCUGUUGAGCCCACUCCCGAGCCUGCUGCUGAGCCUGAAGCUGCUGCCGCUGAACCCGCUGCUGAACCUACUCCCGGGCCUGCUGCUGAAACUCCUACUGAGCCUGAAGCUACCCCCGAGCCUAUUGUUGAAGCUCCUGUUGAGCCCGCUCCCGAGCCUGCUGCUGAAACUCCUGCUGAGCCUGAAGCUCCUGCUGAACCUGAACCCGAGCCUGUUGUUGAAGCCCCUGCUGAGCCCACUGAGCCUGAACCUGCAGCUGCUGAAGAGCCUGCCGCUGAAGUGAAAGAAGUGACCGAAGAUGUCCCCGCUGCUGUAGAGGAGACUCCUGUCCCAGAAUCAGCAGUUGAGGAGACACCUGCUCCCGCCCCAGUGGAAGAGACACCAGUGGAAGAAGCGUUCGCUGCCGAGACACCUACAGAACCCGUAGCAGAACCGGAAGUCGUACCCGAUGAGGCACCAAAGGAGAUUCCAGAGGAAGCACCUGCUGACGGGCCAACCCCCGAAGAGCCGGCUCCUGUCGAAGCUGCUCCAGCUGAGAUCCCAGCACCUGAGGAACCCCCGGCUGAAACGGUUGUUCCGGACGAGGCCCCAGCUGAGACUCCAACGCCGGAAGAGGCAAUGCCCGGGACACCGCUAGAGGAGCCAACCCCUGAGCCAGAGGCUGCCAGAGACCUCCCCGCUGAAGACCCACCAGCAGAACCAGAAGCUGCCCGGGAGCCAGUCACUGUUCCCGAUAGCGACGAAGUGGCGCCCGACGAGUUCGUACCACCCCCAGGAGACUCCCAGCCUGAGGUGGAGAUGAUCGAUGCUGAGCCUCUCGAUGAAAGCGCAGAAGCCGCAGCAGCCCGCCACAGCCGACGCCGCAGAAAGCGCAGUUCACCGAUCGAGGGAGAGCGUCGGCAUUCCAAGACAUCAUCCGACGGCCACCGGGAUCAACUCCAGCGCCAGAAGAGCGAACGAGGCAUCUUCACCAACCGCUGGGCCAAAGCGCUGGAAGAAGCACGACGCCAACAUGAUGAGAAAUCCCAGUUGCAACGAAAGCAGCGCGCUCUUGCGGAGGAACGAGAGCGCAGCGGCAUCCCCGUCCCCGACAAACUGAAGCGCUCGAAGAGCUCAUCCAAGGAGAAGGCGAAGGAGCAGGAGAGAACAAUGGAACCAGAAAUGGAGGCCGAAGUCAUCGAGCACAGAUCUAAACGCCGCACCUCCGACACUCCCUCGAGCCCUCUCGAACGAGCCCGCUCAACCAGGACUUCUUCACCGAAGCAGGUAUCAACAUCGCUACCGACGCCCAAGCCCCGUGCCUUCCUGCGAUACAUGACGGAAGGCAAGUCGGAUACCAAUGGGCCUUUGCUGCGCCUAAAUGCCACCAAGGCUGCACCACCGAUUGAAAAAUCAUCGCCAAGUCAUAGCAGUGGCAGCCGUCACGAUCGGGCGGAGUAUGAGGAGGGACAGUCUGCUGGUCGGUCUAGUGGAUCACGGUCACGACGCGAAGAGGAGCAUCCUCGCAGUGAGCGUGUUGAGCGCACUGAGAGCAGGAGAGUGCGACACUCGACUGAACACGGUCGAGAGCACGGCCGAGAGCACGGUCGAUCUAGGGAAGAGAGGAAAGAAAGAGAGAAGGAGAAAGAGCGAGAAAGGGAGAGAGAUCGGGAGAAGCAUGAGCGUGCGCAUGAGCACGCACGCGAACGGGAAAUUGAAGGUGAUACGGAGAGGGAGCGGGAGAAGAGGCCUGAGGGCGCCUCCCGGCGUUCCAGGGAGUCAAGAGAGGAACGCUCUCAUCGUCGCCACAGGCGCGAGGAAUCACCUCCUCGAGAGGAGUCGAGGCUCAAGACUAUCUGGAGAACGAUUGCUGCCCAUUGA